GAUUGUUUUAAAGAAAAUGGCAGACAAGCCAGACAUGGGGGAAAUCGCCAGCUUCGAUAAGGCCAAGCUGAAGAAGACGGAGACGCAGGAGAAGAACACCCUGCCGACCAAAGAGACCAUUGAGCAGGAAAAGCGGAGUGAGAUUUCCUAAGAGCCUGCAGGAUUCCCCACCCCCGUCGUCUCCGAGACCCCCCAGUCGUGAUGUGGAGGAAGAGCCACUUGCAAGAUGGACACGAGCCACAAGCUGCACUGUGAACCCGGGCACUCCGCGCCGAUGCCACCGGCCAGUGGGUCUCUGAGGGGACCCCCCCAAUCGGACUGCCAAAUUCUCCGGUUUGCCCUGGGAUAUUAUAGAAAAUUAUUUGUAUGUUGAAUGAAAAUAAAACACAUCUCGUGGCAUGGCUGGCGUGA